CAUUCAUCAACCAUAUCAUUACUCACAAUGGCUUCUUUUACUACUCUUUUUUCCUCCCUUCUCACUAUAGCCCUUCUCUCAUUUUCCUGCUCAUCACAAUUCAUCUUACCAAUAGAAAAAGAUCCAAUAACCAAUCUUUUCACCACUUCACUUGGCAUAGGAACACCUCAACACAAUUUCAAUCUAGCCAUUGAUCUUGGAGGACCAAUCCUAUGGUAUGAUUGCUACAAAACCUACAAUUCUUCCACCUACAAACCCAUCUCUUGUGAUUCUAAACUUUGUCCUGGUAAUACAGGAUGCACUGGUUGCUCUGUUCCAUUCAAACCAGGUUGUACAAACAAUACAUGUGCAGCCAACAUAAUAAAUCCAUUAGUUCAUGCUAUUUUUGUUGGUGACACUGGCAAUGAUGUCUUAUUCAUAUCACACUCUAAAGUCUCUAACAUACUUUCUGGAUGCACUGAAUCUGAAGUUUUUACUGGUGAAGAUGUUCCUCUUAAAAACUUACCAAAAACUAGUAAAGGUAUAUUAGGUCUUGCAAGAACAAAACUUUCAUUACCAAAACAACUUUCUUCACAUAAUAACUUUCCUAACAAGUUUUCUCUUUGUUUACCAUCUUCAAACAAGAAAGGACUUGGUAGUCUUUUCUUUGGUGGGGUACCCCAAAAAAGUUCUUAUUCAAAGUUUCAACUCACUACUAUCCCUCUUAUUAUCAACCCCUUUAGCACUGCUCCAAUAUUUAGUGUAGGUGAUGCUUCUUAUGAAUAUUUUAUAGAUGUGAAAUCAAUUAAAGUUGGUGGUGAAGUUGUUAACUUUAAGUCUUCACUUUUGUCUAUUGACAAUAAGGGUAAUGGUGGAACAAAAAUUAGUACUAUGAAUUCCUUCACUUUGUUGCAUAGUUCUAUAUUUAAACCACUUGUUAGAGAUUUUGUUAAGAAAGCUUCUGAUAAGAAAAUAAAGAAAGUUGCAUCAGUAGCACCAUUUGAAGCAUGUUUUGAUUUCAGCACUAUUGGUAGGACUAAGACUGGAUUAGAUGUGCCUACUAUUGAUUUGGUGCUAGAAGGGGGUGUAGAGUGGAAAAUAUAUGGUGGUAAUUCAAUGGUUUUGGUGAAUAAAAAAGUAGCAUGUCUUGGAUUUGUUGAUGGUGGUAAAGAGCCAAUGACAUCUGUUGUUAUUGGUGGACACCAAUUGGAGGAUAAUCUAUUGGAGUUUGAUUUGGUUUCUUCUAAGUUAGGAUUUAGCUCUUCACUACUACUUCAUAAUGCAAGAUGUUCUAAUUCAGAUCAAGCUAAUUUGUCUCUUGUGUCAAUGGAGUGAGAUGAUUAUGAGUUUAAUUAAUUUUACUAGAAGAUGCCCCUGUUUUAACCCCUGUUUUUCCUUUCAUGAUUUUGUCGUCUUAGUUCGACAUUAUUUUGUUCGGCGUUGUUUUCAUUUUCUGUCUUGUUACGGUGUUUGUUAGAUUUCAUGAUCAUAAUAAACUUAUGGGUUAAAUA